CUCACCUCAAAAAUCAACUCAAAUAGCAGCUUGUACUAUCCAGCUUCAGCCUCCGGAGGAAGAAGAUGGCGCCGGUGAGCUUCUCCUCAAUGUUGGCCAACGGCUGCCGGACUUUCAGUGCGCCGGCGGCCCUUGUGCGCACGUUAGCACUCACCCACGUUGCUCUCAGUGAACACUCCAACAGCUACAGGCACGGUAAGGUGGCAUGGUUUUCUCGGAGUUCGAAUAAACGAAAAUCUGCACGUCAGUCCCUGAAACAUGAUGUUUCGCAGCCAACUGCCGUUUCUUCUGCAAAUGGCUACCCUGAAUAUACUCGGUUGCUUCCAUGUCCCUCAGACAAUGGACCACCAAGAAUUGAGCACUUGGUUGUUUCAGAAGGGGGGCCUGUUCUAGAAUAUAUCUGCAAAGUUCUGGAUCUUCCUCUUCAGUUUGUUGCAGAUCUCAUCCAUUUUGGAGCUGUAUAUUAUGCCCUUGUCUGUCCACGGCCUCCUCCAACUGCAACCCAAGAGCAGAUGAGGGUAUUUAAAGAAGUUACAGCACCAUCAGUACUAAAAGAUAGAACUUCCAUCAAAGGAAAAACUGUAAGAGAAGCACAGAAGACUUUCCGCAUAACACAUCCAGACCAAUUUGUUGAAACUGGAACCUACUUACGUGUUCAUGUACACCCAAAGCGUUUUCCUAGGUGCUAUGAAAUUGACUGGAAAGCAAGAAUUGUAGCUGUAACUGAUGAAUUCGUGGUUUUGGACAAACCUGCUGGUACAACUGUAGGAGGAACUACAGACAACAUUGAAGAAAGUUGUGCAACCUUUGCCACUCGUGCCUUGGGACUAACAACGCCCCUGAUGACUACACAUCAGAUUGAUAAUUGUACAGAAGGAUGUGUUGUCUUAGCUAGAACCAAGGAGUAUUGCUCAGCUUUUCACGGAAAAAUCAGAGAGAAAAAGGUGAAGAAGCAUUAUCUUGCUCUUGCCGCUGCCCCUGUGCCAAUUGGAACAAUUACUCACUACAUGCGUCCAAUUAACAUGGCUCCAAGACUCACUUCAGAAGAUUUCAUGGAACGGUGGAGUUUGUGUCAACUUGAAGUCAUGGAAUGCAAGGAGGUUCCCUGGCCAAGUUCUGUUGUUGAACAGAAAUAUUGUAUUGAAGACUGUGGGUGGCCUUCAAAAGAAUAUGCAUAUGAGUGUAAAAUCAACCUUCUGACUGGGCGGACUCAUCAGGUUCGAGCACAACUGGCAGCGCUUGGUGCACCAAUAGUUGGCGAUUCCAUGUACAUGCCAGCUGCAGUUGCAGAAAUGGCAAGUCCUGGGCGGAACCCCUUUGGCAAAUAUAAGAAGCAUUAUACUCAUGUAACUGAUAAAGAAGUAGCGAUUGAAGAGUGGAGUGCACAGCAUGGGAAGGAACCUGGUGUUGCUAUUGGUCUUCAAGCAUGUCAGAUAUCAUGGGAUGAUGGGAAGUACACUUUUGAGGCUGGAGCUCCUUGGUGGAGGUGCAAUUAAAAUUAGAAGAGGUGGAUGCGGAUUGAUUGCAUGGUAUGGUAUUCUCCUUUUGGUGGAGUUAGGGUGUCUGCCUGGAUCAUAUGCUUGAUUUCUAUAAUUACAAGGCACAAUGUAGACAUACUUUUGCUUAUAAGUUCAUAGUUGGAUAUGCCUGCGGCCUGCCCUUGUA